ACGAUAGUUUGCUACUUCUCUUUCCUUCUCAAAGUACCUAUCUCCUUUGUCCCCUUUCUCCCUCAACUAUGGUUUGAGUGUAAUUCAGAGCCAUGUUAGAUUCCUUCAUCUGUCAAUCAUCGAUUCACCUCCAUAUAAUUGGUUUCAUCCUCCAUAAUUGCUGCUUCUGACUUCUGACACUCUAAAUGUCUCGUUUUCUUCGCUCUUCUUCCUCGAUAACUCCCCUGUUUACACAGCUCCGAGCUCGGAAUUCAACUUUAAUGGUGUCUGGAAAGGUGGGUCAACUGUUUGAUUGAAGAUUAUACGGUUCCCAUGCCCAAAUCACGCCUUGGGUAAGCUUUCUUGAAAUUUUAUUCGUUGAUUGACCUUGUUUGUAAGGAUUUACUGUAGAUUACCUAAUUUUAUUGAACAAUUUCAACCUGGGUUUUGUGCAUAUUGAAGAUUGAAGCUUUCUGCAACUGGGUUUUAUAACAAAUUUUGCAAUGCAAGCAUCUGAUUACAAUAGAUCCGCUAUAUCCAACGCUUUUUACUGUCAGUCGAUGCAAGAAUUCGAUUCGUUCUGUAAGCCCCAAGCUCAGUGUUUAAAUGAUCUCAGCCGUGGAACCAAUUACUUGGCCAAAUCGGAACCCUACUGCACUCUCGAAUCCUCCUCCGCUAACGGCAGUUGCACCACCAUGUAUAAAUUGCGCCAAUUAGAGACUGUAAUGCUCGGAGAUUCAGAUUUCGAAGAUGAUGCCGGAAACGGGAGAUCAUUCGCCGGCGGUGUAGUAGACUUGCCGGAUUUAGAAAUUUGGAAAGAGAUGAUGGUGGGUUUUCCAAGACGAGACCUGAAACAAGUCCUCAUUGCUUGUGCUAAAUCCGUUUCCAAUAACGAUUUCUCAAAAGCCCAAUUGUUAAUAUCGGAGCUCCGGCAAAUGGUAUCAGUCGCCGGAGAACCAAUCCAGAGGCUGGGUGCAUACAUGUUGGAAGGACUGGUAGCUCGACUUUCUUCCUCGGGCAGCACAAUCUACCGGUCAGAUCCUCCAUUAAACACACACACUCUAUACGAAAUCUGCCCGUACUUCAAAUUCGGUUACAUGUCAGCAAACGGUGCAAUAGCAGAAGCGAUGAAAGACGAAAAACGCGUCCACAUCAUCGACUUCCACAUCGCACACGGGACCCAAUGGGUCCCACUGAUCCAGGCAUUUGCAAAGAGACAUGGUGGUCCCCCGCAUAUCCGGAUCACUGGUUUCCACAACUCAACAAGUGAGUUGGGUCCCGUUGGCAAAAGGCUAUGUAGGCUUGCAAAAGCCUACAAUGUGCCUUUUGAGUUUCACACUAAAUCCGGGCCUGAAAAUUUUCAAGUCCGACCAGGUGAAUCAUUAGCAGUAAAUUUCGCUUUUGUUUUACAUCAAAUGCCCGAUGAAAGUGUAAGUAUCCGGAAUCAUAGAGACCGUGUGUUAAGGCUUGUAAAGAGUAUGAAGCCGAAAGUUGUAACCCUAGUCGAGCAAGAAUCUAACACAAAUACUGCCCCGUUUUAUCCUCGGUUUCUUGAAGCUCUCGAUUAUUAUAACGCGAUGUUUGAGUCGAUUGACAUCACGUUGCCACGUCAUCAUAAGGAAAGAAUAAAUAUUGAGCAACAUUGUUUGGCCCGUGAUGUUGUAAACAUUAUAGCGUGUGAGGGGGGUGAACGCGUCGAAAGGCAUGAGCUUUUGGGGAAGUGGAAGUUGCGAUUCGGUAUGGCAGGGUUUAGCCCGAGCCCGAUGAGCCCCGUGGUGAACCAAACGAUCAAACGGUUGUUAAAGAAUUAUAGUGAGAGAUAUAGACUUGAAGAAAGGGAUGGAGCUUUGUAUCUUGGAUGGAUGAAUCGAGAUUUAGUCGCUUCUUGUGCUUGGAAGUGAUCGAAUGUCUCGUUUUUAUAGCUUUCGGUAAGUUAGAACGAAAUGUAACCGAGACAAGUUUUUUAAUGAAUCAAUGAUUAUAUAUUGAUCUA